GAUACAGGAAUACACAUUUAAGCUCAGUGUACUGGAAUACUUACAGCACAGAUUGGCUGUGAAACAGGUCAAGAAACCAUGUCUGCAAUGAAGAUAACAGGCAUCUUUUUGCUCAUUACUUUGGCAGUUCUUUGCUUAGCAAAUGCUGCCAGAGAGAGCGACGUAGACUGCAGUGAAUACAAAAGGUUAGACAGAGGAAGACCUAUUUACUGCGAAAAACUCUACCAGCCUUUCUGUGGCUCUGAUGGGAAGACGUAUAACAACAAAUGUUCUUUCUGCAAAGCAGUCCUGAGAAGCAGAGGUGCUUUACAUAUGAAGCAAGCAGGGGUAUGCUGAAUGAAUUCUGCGUGAUGGAGAAGAGUGCUGAGAACAGCUUUACACUGCCUUGUCACAAUCCCUUAAUUUAAUUUCAUCCAUCCUGCCUGUUCUGAUGAUAGCAAACAAAGCACAAAGUAGGCUUUUCAGCUGUGCUCUGUCAUUUUUCAGCUGUGCGCUGCCACUUCUCUCUGCUCCAGAGUGUUGGGACUGGCACUUCUCUCUGCAGAGCCCUUCUUUGGGAUCCUCAGGAGCAUUCCCAUUUCUGUAGCAAGCUGGUUUUCACACAAGCCCUUCAUUAUUUAUUUGUCUCCGUGGGUUAAAGUUCAAAUCUUCCAACAAUGCCACCCAAUAUCAGUGGACACAAUCAGUGCAGUCAUUGUCUCCCCUUUCCUUGCUCAUGAAGUGUUUUCCUUCAUUUACCCAGAAACUUUGGCAGACACUUCUCUGAAAAGGCUUCAGCUUUCCUAGGCAGUGCUUUGACUCUUCUAGUUUUGUAGGUGAAUUUUAAAUUCUCAUUUUUCUUCUAACUUUGUAUAAUUCUAAUUCAUCUAUGUUGUUUUACUACUUAGACUGCAUGGUUAUUAAAAUAAAAUAUUGACUCUUUUUU